CCCUUCAGUUCCGUCCGGAAGGGAAAUGACGCCAGUGCAGAAAAUGGCGUCCAGACAAACUACUGACUGGUGAUGUUUGCUACCCCUUUAAUUUAGAGCCGAUUGUAGGCCUCGGAGAUAAGCCGAUGGAAGAACUGGCGAUGCACUUCAGCCGUCCGUUUUCCUGAUUCGGGAAUUCAACCCGCAACUCAUGUCUGCAGGAGCCGCCUGGCCGAAGAGGGGUUGGGGAGCAUCGCUGCGCCGAGAGCAAGGGAAACACAAACACAGGAGAUGUGAGCGUCCCCAAAGCGCGCUUCCAGUCAAGCCUGUGAUAUUUCCACCUGGCCCUAAAAGCUCUGUUCAGGUAAUUGACGCUCAGAAAAGGGACUUGUUAGAAUCUACUGGAUACAAGGGGCACUGUCCUCUGAUUGGUUCGAACAACCCCCUCUGACAUGCCCGUGGCCAAUCAGAGGUGUGCUAUGUCCGGGGGGGAUGUGGAGGUGUACCUGUCCCAGGUGCAUGAUGGGAGUGUGUCGUCUGGGUUCCGGGCGCUGUACGAGGAACGGCUCCUGCUGGACGUCACACUGCUGAUAGAGGAGCACCACUUCCAGGCCCACAAGGCUCUGCUUGCGACCCAGAGCGACUACUUCCGGGUCAUGUUCACGGCGGACAUGAGGGAGCGGGACCAGGACAAGAUCCACAUGAAGGGGCUGACGGCGGCCGGGUUCGGGCACGUCCUGCGCUUCAUGUACUACGGCUCGCUGGAGCUCAGCAUGCCCACGGUCCAAGAGAUCCUGCAGAAUUGGUUCAACAUGGAAACAGCUUCUAUGGCGGCCAUGUACGUGCAGCUGACGGAGGCGGUGGAGUUCUGCUGCUCCUUCCUGCUGGCCAAGAUCUGCCUGGAGAACUGCGCCGAGGUCAUGCGUCUCCUGGAGGACUUCAGCGUGGGCGUGGAGGGCGUCCAGGAGCAGCUCGACAACUUCCUCCUCCACAACUUUGUCCCGCUCAUGAGCCGGCCGGACUUCCUGUCCUACCUCAGCCUGGAGAGACUACAGGCGUACCUGGAGAGCGACGCCCUGAGUCGCUUCCCCGAGAUCGAGCUGUACGAGGCGGUCCAGUCGUGGCUCCGUCACGACCGGCGCCGCUGGAGACACACGGACACCAUCAUCCAGUCUAUCCGCUUCUGCCUCAUGACCCCCGCCAACAUCUUGGAGAAGGUGAAGACGUCUGAGUUCUACCGGUACUCCCGGCAGCUGAGGCAGGAGGUGGACCAGGCCAUCAGCUACUUCCACGACAUCAACCAGCAGCCUCUGGUGGACACGCGCGCCAACCGCAUCCGCUCGGCGCGCCCGCAGACCGCCGUGUUCCGCGGCAUGAUCGGACACAGCAUGGUCAACAGCAAGAUCCUGCUGCUGCACCGACCCAAGGUGUGGUGGGAGCUGGAGGGGCCGCAGGUGCCGCUGCGCCCCGACUGCCUGGCCAUCGUCAACAACUUUGCCUUCCUGCUGGGCGGCGAGGAGCUGGGCCCGGACGGCGAGUUCCACGCCUCCUCCAAGGUGUACCGCUACGACCCCCGGCAGAACUCCUGGCUGCGCAUGGCCGACAUGUCGGUGCCCAGGUCGGAGUUCGCCGUGGGCGUGAUCGGGAAGUUCAUCUACGCAGUGGCGGGGCGCACGCGGGACGAGACCUUCUACUCCACGGAGCGCUACGACAUCACGGAGGACCACUGGGAGUUCGUGGACCCCUACCCCGUCAACAAGUACGGCCACGAGGGCACGGUGCUCAACGGCAAACUAUACAUCACCGGCGGCAUCACCUCCUCCUCCACCUCCAAGCAGGUGUGCGUGUUCGACCCCGGCCGGGAGGCAGGUGGAGCAGCAGGAGCAGCAGCAGCAGGAGGCAGUGGUGUCAGUGGAGGAGGAGGAGGAGGAGGAGGAGGAGCAGUGGUGAGCAGCAGUUGCGGUGCUAGUAGUGGUGCGUCUGGAUGCGGGGGGGGAUCGGGCGGGGCGGAGGCGGCCCGCGUCCGCUCCGGCCGCAGCCCGCUCCUCCCCGGCGCGCACGCCAACUGCUGGGAGAACAAGUCCAAGAUGAACUACGCCCGCUGCUUCCACAAGAUGAUCUCGCACAACGGCAAGCUGUACGUGUUCGGCGGCGUGUGCGUCAUCCUGCGGGCCUCCUUCGAGUCGCAGGGCUGCCCGUCCACGGAGGUGUACGACCCCGAGACGGACGAGUGGACCAUCCUGGCCUCCAUGCCCAUCGGGCGCAGCGGGCACGGGGUGGCGGUGCUGGGCCGGCAGAUCAUGGUACUGGGCGGCCUGUGUUACAACGGCCACUACAGCGACUCCAUCCUCACCUUUGACCCCGAGGAGAACAAGUGGAAAGAGGACGAGUAUCCCAGGAUGCCUUGCAAACUGGACGGCCUACAGGUGUGCAGCCUCCAUUUCCCAGAGUAUGUGCUGGAACACGUGAGGCGCUGCAGCUGAGGUCGGCUCCGGCCCACGUUUUGGUGGAAAAGCUGAUUUUUUUUGUGGACUGGCUUAUCCCACUUGUAAGAUUAGGUUCAGUGUGUUUUGACGCACGGGCGUAUACACCUGUGGUGUUCACAGGCGUGUGUCCACACUCUGCAGAGUAUCAUGAGUGUUAAAGAUGACCAUGAGUUAAAACCAGAAACCAGGUUCUUCAUUCCUUAGUGAAAUCAGAACCGCGAGGGAUCAAAUGCAACGCUAUGCUGAGAACGGCGUCCGAUUGAGCAGUCAAGGGAAGCAAUGGGUUCGGUAUUUGGGUUCUUCUGCUGGUCAUGUUUUCCUAUUGUAAUACUCGCACUGAAACACACUCGAGGCAGUCGACUCAAUGGUUUUUAAAAUGUGCCACGGUUGAAGGCGCAUGGAUCUUUGUUUGUUUUCUAAGGGUCAGCUGCAGGCCAAAAAGGUUAUACUUGGCACUGCAGGAAUAGUAUUUGUAAAAAUCAGGGUGCAGUUCUUUGGUCAAACUGGGAAAAAUUCCGUUGAAGUGUCAGGAUUUUGGCCUCCAUACGUUUUGAGAAGAGGGGAAUGUACAGGAUUACAUAGAAUCAAAAAACAACUAUAAUCUGUUAUUUAUGAUUUCAAAAGGUCCUACCUGUUACUCAAUAUAUCGAAAUGCCAAAUAUUUGAAUGGCCUGUAAUGCAUAGCUCCAAACAUUGUAGGUAACAAAGCAUACAGGACGCUGUCAUUCAGAUAUCUUUAGACACAACAGCACUCUAUUAUCUACUAGUUGAUAUCCAAAAACGUGAGGCAGCUCGUGACUUUAGGCAACAUGCUUCAGAAGCUGCAUUGAGGCGUCUCCAUGGUGACGGCAGCUUAUGUACAUGCAUCCCAAAAUGGCUUCCGAUACGUUUGGGUCCCCGGCACGGGGACCCAAACGUGUCCCCGUGCCCCGUGUGUGUGUGUGUGUGUGUGUGUGUGUGUGUGUGUGUGUGUGUGUGUGACACACCACUGUCUGCUCAGACACAUGUGCACACUUGCAUCUUACUGCGUCAUGUGCCACAGGGGUCAUACUUGGUCAACAUCACUUGAGCUCUGGACUUAGUUUUUCGCUCUAUUUUUAUUUGUAUUUAUUUAAUAUUUCUUUUUGUACGGCGAAACCUCUAUUGUGCAUUUUAGAAAGAACAAAAAAGUCAGCCAACUGUUCCUUUUUACGCUACUAGUUCUCAUUUUCCUGGAACAUUUAAUUUGUCGAUGUCUAAUAUAUUUUCGUGUCAGUGUCUUAGCGUUCUGCUAUGGUUGUACCCGUGCAGGCUCACGGCGUAGCCGGACACCUCUCACUGAACCGUCUCUCUGGGCGCUGCGACCGGUAACCACCGCUUUUACUGGUGAUCCGGUGCCCCGUCAGGUACUGGUUGUACGUACUGUGUCAUACCCCUUUAACAUCUGAGCUUGAAACCUCUCUGCCCCCCCACCCCGUGCUAACUCGCCCUGAUCACAGCCAUGUCCACGGCUCCUCUCUGCAUAGGAGCAGGUUGCACUCACCCUUCUUAUCUGCUAUGCCGGUCUUACUCAUUGGGUCCCGCCCCAAAUCGGGCUGUGAAUCCAGUGGGUCGACGCACAGAACACUGAGGGAACUCUGAAAAGAGCCGCCACUCAGGUGUGCGCAGGGUUUUCUGUGUUGGCUGUGGGGUCCCGUGGACACUCUGAAGAUGGUCUUUUGAGAAUGGUUUAGGAACUCUUGCUCUAUGCCAACGUCCUCACGUCCUCGUCCAACGACGUCAUCGUUGAACUCCUAGGGAUAUCAGCCGUGUACGAGGCCCGUUAGGAUCAACCUCCCAUGCGAGAAAACCAGCAUAUUGUACCAAUAACGUGUUAAUGGGAGCGUUGUAGAAUGGUGUCUAGGAAACAGACAGGAAAAAACAUUGGGAUACAUGUAUCUUUCAUUUACAAGCUGAAAACCUUUUGGACCUUCUUUACAUCUCUCAUUAUCACACAUCAUUCCCAUCCAUGUUCUGUUCAACUUUUUUAUGAGCCUACGCUGAAAAGGGCUACAACGUUGGAGCACUGACGCAGUAUUCUUCAGUACUGUAGCUUUUGAAGCAUCCAGUUGCUGUGGCAACAGCUAUGCAGCAAGCAUCGCUCUGUUUAUGUUUUGCUUCUGCUUUUGCAUCCAAAGAGAGAAAUGCAUUUCCAGUUUGUUCAUCUUUUGUGUUGGAUGUAUGCUUGCUUACCAUGCAAACGGAGAGAGAAUGUUUAUUGUCAUCACUGUCAAGUAUUCAUCUCUUAUCUGUCAAAGCGAGUCGAACAAAGUGGAAAUGUACGAGCUUAGCGUUGGCAAGACCAGAGAAGAUGUACGUUUUGUGUUCUGCAUUUGUGAAGAUAGCUGACUGUUACACAAAUCACAUCCCAUCACCCUAAACCCCCCAUUCUGCUGUCUGGUAUACCUCUAGGCGUUGAUGCAGUAGUGCAUCGACGCCCGCAAGUCAUUCUGUAAUAUUGUUAUUUAUUGAAUAUAGAAACGUGAAGGUAUGAACGUCCAAAUCGGCGAUGAACUGGCAGUGAACAUCAUGGUCUUCGUGAUCACCGCUAGUCACUGCUGGGAAAAGAGUGAAUCAGGUCACCAAUAUGUUAUUGUAGUUUCUAUCUGAAGAGCAACAGUCAAUGCCCUAGUCACGGAUUAUGCCAAACUCAUGUCCUCAAACCGCUCCUUUUUAUUUAAUACUGAAGAUAUUUAACUACCCAAUAGUACUGUCCUUAUUUGAUGCACACUAUUUCAAAGCACGGCGACCUCAAGUCCUUCAUCCGUCUCAAAUCUCAAGUAGGAGAAGAAAACAUAAUAGGAUAACAAGGAUUAAGCAUACCCUGUUACAGUGACUGUAUUUGAGGAUGGAAGUUAAUUGAGAUCAGAUUAACGUAAUCAUAAUCUGAGUAGUACUUAUUUGGAACGAUUUGUAACUCUUUCCAGAAAUAAACGUUCGUAUUGAAAAAU